AUGGCGGCGUCGCAGCGCAUCGCCUUCUUAUGGCCUACAGCAUGGAGAGCAGGAAAUGAAGUGUACAACCCAGCCCUGCGAUCGGCCAGAGCAGCGGCGGCGAUCAGGGCAUAUCAUUCCUCUCGCCAACGCAAGCAAGAAAACGUCCCGCAGCAGCGAUAUGGAACUGCGAAUGAACCACCGCCGCAUCUGGGAGGGGGCAAGAGUUUAGGCCCGUCGACGAAGGGUGACAAGGCGGAGAAGACGGAGGAAGCUCAGGCGAAGGCGCUACCGAAGAUUGGGAAGAAGUUGCAGCAGAGCGGAGAGGACGAGGCGAGAACUGAAGAGUUGAGCCCGCGGCAGGAGAAGAGAGAGGCGAAGCCCAAACAGGACGCAGCAGCGGAUGUGAAGCGUGAGCCAGCAACGGUGGAGGGUCGUAACGCGUCUCCAGCCAUGAGCGACCCCAUGCUAGACUCAGAUGAAUCGCAACCCAAAGGCGACCCUCCUGGUGCUCCUUAUGCCGGCACCUCGAAACCUCUGGCUUCCUAUCUCCAUGAUACGCCCUCACCGUCCGAGCUUGAAAAGAAGGAGACCACCUCGCACGACAAGGACACCCACGCAGAAGAACACCCCUCCAAAUCCUUCGACGACCACGCUCCCCCCGUCAAAGCCCCUCACAUAGAACAACCACGCUACAUCCACCACUUCGACACCUACGGCCUCGUGCGCCGCCUCAUCUCGCCCUCCGAAUCCGGUGGCGGCGGCUGGAACGAAGACCAAGCCAUCACGGUCAUGAAAGCCGUCCGGCUCAUGCUAGCCGACAACACGGACCUCGCGAAAGAAGCGCUGGUCUCAAAGUCGCAGCUCGAAAACGAGGCGUACCUCUUCAAAGCCGCGUGCGCGGAGCUGAAGACGGAAGUGACGGCGCGGCGGAAGAGCGAGCAGGAGAAGAUGCGGACGGAGCGGACGCAGUUGCAGCAUGAGGUGGAUAUUCUGAGCCAGAGGUUGGGGCAGGAGAGUGGGGUGUUGAAGGAUGAUUUGAAGGGUAUGUUUGACGAUAGGAAGAUGGCUGUGCGGAAUGAGCAGAGGGAUAUGGAGAGGCAGUUGCAGCAGCUCAACUACAAGAUUACCAUCGAGCUGCAGGCGGAUGCGAAGAGUGAGAUUGAGGGGUUGAGGCUGGUGAUGACGAGGAGGGUGAUUCUGACGUUGGGGAUUAUUAUUUUGAUGGUUAUUGGGGGGUUGAAGGUUAUGGCGGAUGCGAGUCGAGCGGAGGAAGGGGAAAGGAAGAAAGGCAAGGGUGGGGGUGGUGGCGGGGCGCCGAUGGGUGAUGCUGGCACGCAGACAGAUGGGUCUGAGAGCGUGAUGGUGGACGAGAUGGGACGGCGAGCGGCGCCAGGAGAGGUAGUGGUGGGAAGGGAGGGGGUGAAUCCUGGGUUCGUGAGUCUGGGAUGA